AUGGUGGCAGUGACGCAAGCAAUUGAGCACGAACCACUCUUCGAGUUCAAUCCGGCUGCACCGGAGUUCAGUCCGUCACAGUAUCCCGUGGAUGGCGACUCGACAGGUUCCAUGCUGGGGUCUUCCGAGCGGCUGGCGAAGAGGGUCGCAUGCAAGAAUAAUCGUCCGCCGUUGCCUCAAGACCGUGGAGGCGAGAAGGAAAGUGCGAGUGGGCAGGAGCCAGAGCCGGAAUCGCGAGCUCUGAGCUGCUCUCCACAGCUGCUUCCGCGCCGCUCGGGCCGCCCAUCCCAGCGCCGACAGCCAGGCUCUGGAAGAAGGCCGUGUGCGACUGCACCAGCUUCACCUGCCCUCAGCAUGGGUGGAAAGCUAGGGCCUUGCCGCCGUGGCAGUGAGGAGGUCUCCACACUGGUCAUAAAAAACCUGGCGCUAGACUUCCGCAAGGAGGAUGUGGAAGUAUUUCUGGAAAGCAUGUGCGUGGGAGCUGCCGAGGUUGACAUGCAUGUCGACCCCGCCAGUGGAUCCUUUCGAGGCACGGCGUUCGUCCGAUAUGCUUCCCCUGCAAAGGCACGGGAGGCUUUGCAGAAGCUUGGGCCUUCUCCAGACAUUGGUGGUAGAAAGGCGAGAGUCGAGGUUCAGAAGUCCAAGAACCUCUUUGGCCGCAGAAAUGCAGGUGGCGAGUUGCCACAGGAGCUAACCCUGGUGCAACAAGAGAUAGAGCUGUUCCUGCAAGGCUUCGAGACAGAGGUUUGCCUCUCGGCUACUUUCGAUGCCCAUCAGCGCAAGUAUGCCCACUCGUUGGCAGAAAGGCACAAUCUCGUGCAUGCCACAAGACAAAAUGAAAGUGGGCAGACGUACGUCUACCUUAGCAAGUGCCGGCCGAGCCAAGCGAAUGCCGGGAACAGGAAGAAGGCUUUCUCGAUGGAUGCUCGUGGUACGCCCCAGCUCGGUGCCGCAGCUGGAGGCGCAUUAUGCGACAUGGGCUACGAGGCACAUAGUCAGAGCUGCUAUGUCGGCCCUAUGUCUCCUCCAGGCCUCUUGUUCCAAGGGUUGGAGUUGGGCACGCCGGUCCUGGGGCCGGAACUGGCAGGGUCCGAGGACGCCAUGUUCAUGCUUCCCAGCGCAGCAGUACCACUUCUUCCUCCUGGAAUUGAUCCUGCGAUUGGUCUACCAGGGGUGACGCUGCCACCAGUGUGGCCUGCCGCUGGCAUGGUGUUAGGGACUGAGCCUCCGCCUGGCCUCGGCCUGGAGCUACAAGGUCUUGCAGAGCUUGCUGAAGGACUUUGCAGAGACCUGGUGGAUCCAGAGGAGUUGCACUUGGAUUUCAAGCACGCCUGUCCUCCGUCUGAUUCGGCAAUGUCCACGGAGGACAGAAGCUCCCAGCGAAUUGAGUCGACGAGGCCUGCUAUGCAAGUAAGCUUACUUGUUUGGCUGCUGCCUUCACUAGGAGGAUGCCACUGGAUUCAGCGACAGCAUCUCAAGCAAAGCAACGCAAGCUCUGCUCUCAGCACGCUUCCCGAGUCCGACGGGUCCCUGCGGCUCCCUGAGGCCACUGUGGCCAACAUGGCCAACAUCUCGCAGUCUACCUGGCGGUGCAUCAGCGCCGGGCAACUCUUUCAGGUCUAUUCCAGCUCAAGCCCACGCCUGCCGACAGCGGAAGGAGGCGCAUGUUUCGCUGGCUUCACCAAAUUCUUCUGGGCAGCGGUGCUUGCCUUGUUCUCGCUGAUCGGGCUUUGUCUGUUCGUUCCAAUCAUGCUCGAGAUCACCAGGCGGCGCCCACCAGGGCAGCCACUCGUGCUGUGUGGCAUUAUCUUCGACUGCUGCCCGCCAAAGAACUCGGCAGAGCAGCUUGUCACGUCUCCAGCAAGCAAACCUCCAUCAGCAAGAUGA